ACACUGAACAUUGUCAGGGGGUGGCCUGUGUUUUGCCAACUCUCGAGGGAUUUGAGGGAUUAUGGAAACGCUCGACUGUGCUGCAUUAUGAACACGUGGGUGAAAGCUGUCCUUGUGUCCACAUUGAUUUUGAACGUAACUGUCGGAAUUGUUGUUGCUUGCCUACUGGUAACAAGACUAAAUAAUGAACAACAAGUAAAUGAAGGUUCUGUCUCAUCUCAGAAUUUUAAGAAAACAAUUGACCAGAUUUACACGGAACUGCUGGCAACCGUUCAUGGGAAGCCCGAGGAUAAAACUAACGAUGUGGGAGCAAUGAACACAUCCUCGCAGAUGGCCAACCUGCUAAAACCUAUAGCCUUCUACACGGGGCUUAACAACACUGGACUUAUGAAAGAAGACCACCUCAGAGUUACUCCUGCAAGAGGGUGGGCUGCCAAAACUAUGGUUGCGCCGGAAAGACAAGUCCUGGUACAACGGGAUGCAGAAUGAUCAUGGCAGCAUCAGUGUUCCUGCUGCCGGUGUAUAUGGUAUAUAGCCAUGUUACAUUUCACGCUGAUGACGAGUCUGAUUUCCUGCACCGCAUAACCAGAUACAAUGCAGAGAAACAGGAGGAAAACAUCGCUUUUCAGGACAUAGUCAGUGGGAAUAGGUACAACGUUGAAGGGCGGAGGUCUGGUGCUACCAAAAGUGACAUCCGGUGGAAUACUAGAGCUCAAUGCUGGGGAUCAAGCUUCGUGUUGACAUAUCAAGAGUAACUCAGUCUGGCUACGAAGGAUUGGUAUUACUUUGGACUAUACAGGAUCUGAACUACUUCACCUUGUUGGCGAUUUAAUAGGUCGUUUUACGUUAUGAAGGGAACGGAUUUUACAUGGCUGAAUAUUCUCAUUGAUGCACAUCUGUGAUGUAUAAAACCAAAGAAAUACGGGUUCACAUUUUUAAAAAGAUGUUUAUAGAUGUUAAAGCUACGUUGAAUGUAAUGUUAAGCACCGUAUGACUUGUUAUGAUCAGCUUUGUGCCUAUCACAUGCAAAUACCAAUAUGGAUAUGAAUAGCCAAAACACCUUGAAAAUCCCCAUGGCAUAGCGAUUUCCACAAUAAAAGCUAUGCACUCCAAACUGUG